AACAACAAGUGGCUUUUUGAUGUUAAUGUAAGGUUAGUGUUGUGUAUAAAUUAGCAGUGUGGUUAACGUUAGUUUUAAAAUCAGAUUUUAAGAAAAUAAAUUGUAGAAAUGGGCGGGGUUUAUGACUUUGUGACUGUAAUAAUGACCAAUAAAAGCUUGGAGGUUUGCAUGAGCUUGUUGUUAGCACGCUAACCCAGUGAAAAACUUUCGUGAGGCCAAUUUGUAACCUACGCGUUGUGUUUAUAUGGAUGUAGCUUGUUGUAAUUAAAGAAAUGGAGACCACACCGAAGACAACCAAAUCAAAACCUGUGUACGGCACACCCUGUUAUUUAAAAUCAAGCCCAAGUGAAUCCAGUAGUGUGCAAAAGCCAAAACAGCAGAUGAGUUCUUCUCUGAAGGAACGACUGAAAAGAUCAAAACGUUCCUUCACCUCUCCUGUUUCCGUGGCCAAACGUCUUAACAUCGAUGAUGACCAACUUCCCUCAACAGCAGACAAAGAGACCGAGCAUGGUGCCGAAACAGACAGACCGAAGAAUAUUGACAUCAACAGAAAUGAGAUCACGCCCAGUGAAUGUCCAGAGACUAGAAGGGCUGGGAUCCCUGGCCCCAUACCUGAAUUUGCUCAACCCACUCCUAUAGACUUGUUACAACUACGAGACCAAUUGAAGAGAGAGGUUAAAGAAAGGACCGAGAGACUACGGCGACUGAAGAUGGUUAAAAUGUACAGAAGCAAGAAUGACCUGACACAGUUGAGAGUUUUGAUUGACAAGUGGCGAAGUUGUAGUCAGGCUGCAUUGUAUGAGCUCCAGUCAGAUCUCCCCAUAGAUGGCAGGAAAGCCAGCAUCUCCCAGCUAAUUGACCUCUUUGGUGUAGAGGACAGCAUACUGCACUUUAACCGCACAGAAGAGGACUUCACCAAUGCAUAGACCCACAUGCCUUCUGUUCAUAUUGUCACAAAUAAUAUUAAUUGUUCAUAUCAGAUUUAUCAUGCAGAUUUCCUGCCUUUGUUGAAUAAUCUAGAUUCAAUCUUAUGUACUGGAUGUUUUUCACCCUAAAUUUACUAUGAUCCACAAGUAAUGAGUGAAAAAAUAACAUUAAUUUGCCACUUCAUCAGUUUAAUUUCAUACUGUUACCUACCAUAGUAAUUUAUAUUAGUUCUAUAUUUAAACAUGAAAAUCAGUUUGACGUUUUGUUAAUUUUUAAAAAAUAAAGUUUUUCCUAAAUGUGUCAGUUAUGUUUAAGCUGAGCGAGAGCGGGGAAGGACUUCAUCCUCAUGCGUUCCACCUCUGCCCUGAGGGUAGCCACCUCCUCAGCCUGGGCCCUGGCUAGCUCCACCAGCUUCUUCCUCUGGAUGAUCUCCUGGUACCUCUCCUCUGCAUCACUCUCAUGGUUCUCCUCCAUGGCUGAGCAGAGCAGCAAAUAGCAUCACAGUUCAUUAGAUGAUUCAGUGGAAGUGUUAUAGGAAAUGAGGCAUCAAGGGGCAAGUUAGGGGUUAAAAACAACAUCCACCACAUGUACACAGUGAUGCCAAUAAAGAUCCUGAUAACAUCACAGUUGAAGUAAUGAUGUACCUAAAAUUGUGUAAACCUAUACUGCAAUGAAAUGUGUAAUUAUUACAGUACCUAUGGCUUCACAGAUGUGUCUCCUCUCAGCCACAGUCACUUGCAUGUUGGUCAGCUGCUCAUCCAGAGCAGAAUUCUUCGAUGCCUUCAUUGCUGACUGUCUGUUCAGCUGCUUGAUCAACUUCUUACAGGUCAGCACAUUCUUUUGGUGAGUCUGAAAUACACAAGCAUUUACAGCUUAUAUUUUAAGCACUUGAAUAAAUGUAAUUGAUAUGAAAUUA